UUGGCGGUCCCGUGCACUUUAGGUGGAUGUAUCCCAUUGAACGUUCGAUGGGAGUUUAUAAACAAUAUGUAAGAAAUCGUGCACGUCCUGAAGGUUCAAUCGCAGAAGCUUACGUGGUGAACGAGGCUUUAACCUUUUGCUCAAUGUACCUGCGGGGGGUUGAGACUCGAUUCAAUCGACCUGAGAGGAAUGACGAUCGCGUUGAAUCCCAACCAAAUCGGGAAUAUUCUAUUUAUAAGGCUGUUGGUCGUCCAUUUGGUAAGAAAUCAAAUAUGCUCCUCAAUCCGCAGUUAAAGCAAAAGGCUGAGUGGUAUAUCUUGAACAAUUGUGCCGAAAUUAAGGAGUACCUUAGUGAGCAUAUGGAUGAAUUAAGAAGACGGGGGGGCUUGAAUCUUGAAGUUCAACAAAAAACUGAUUUUCCUCAGUGGUUCAAAGAAAGAGUGAACGGUUUGCAUGAGUCAACACCUACUGAAGUGAAUAAUGAAUUGUAUGCUCUCGCAAACAAAUCAAGCGGCACCGUGUAUUCAUAUCCAGGGAUGAUAGUGAAUGGUGUGAAAUUUGUGACUCGUGGUCGUGAUAUGAAGCUUAAAACACAAAAUUGCGGUGUAAUGGUGCCAAGUGAGGAAGGAGUGAACUACUAUGGAGGCCAGUCGUCAUUUCAGGAAGCAGCCGUAAUGACGUGGGGCCUUACAGAUCCUUAUGUUAUUCAGGUGAAAUGGACUCGGAUUUAG